AUGGUGGAUGCUGCUGUGGAAAGGCGAAGAGCUGAGAACAGCGACCGUUUAGUACAACAGGCAGUUGCAAAGACAUCUGGGCUGUCUUGUUCAAAUGCGGCCAGGCCUCAGAGCCAAGCUAACUCUUCCUCCGCCCCCAAGACUUCUGCUCCAUCGAAGGGGGCACGAGGAAAGACCCAGCCUUCCUCCUUCACUUCGAGAGGUGAGCAACAGCCCUUCUUCUCUAGCAGGAAGGGAGAUACCCAUCUAUUGGUCCUCCAGGAAGUAACUACUCUUUAUCCUCAAUGGGAUGGUGUUCCAAUUCAGGGCCCUUUGCUUCGGACUCUCGACUGCCCCUUAGGUGUUCACGCGAGUGUUCACACUGGUGUCAGCUUGAUUGACUCGAGGAUCAGCAGGUUCAGGCAGGCAACUCAACGAUUUCUGUUACGACAGGAACAACCAGCUCAGCUUUGGCAAGUCGUGAUCGGUCACCUGUCGUCACUAGAGAAGUUAAUCCCUCACGGGUGUAUUCAUCUGCGGUCUCUGCAAUGGAGACUGAAGGAGUGUUGGUCACAGGCUCAAGAUCUGCAAUCCUUCCUCGUUCCUCUCAUGGAGGAAGUGAGGGAGGAUUUAGCCUGGUGGCUGGACGACAGGAACCUCUUAAUAGGAGUGGAGUUGCGCACUCCCCCUCCGGAGAUGCUUCUGUUCUCAGACGCAUCAAACGAGGGUUGGGGCGCACAUCUGAAGAAGUUGCUGGUUUCAGGGGUGUGGGAUCGACACAACGAGCACUUUCACAUCAAUUUCCUGGAAAUCAAGGCAGCAUAUCUGGCACUCCAAGAAUUCCAAACACAGGAGAGGGGACACUCUGUGGUGUUGAUGAGCGACAACACCAUGGUAGUGGCAUAUGUCAACAAACAGGGGGGCCUAAUGUCUCUCUCAUUGCAUCAGUUGACCGUGCAGGUGCACGAGUGGGCAGAGGCCGACUCGAUGAAGCUGUCAGCCAGGUACAUUCCAGGCAAGAAGAAUGUAGUGGCAGACAAGCUAAGCUGCCAGAAUCAGGUGAUUGGAACCAAAUGGUCUCUACACCCAGACGUGGUGAAAAGGCUUUUCGACCUGUGGGGGCACCCAGUAGUGGAUCUGUUUGCCACCCAGCACAACAGGAAACUUCCAGUUUUUUUCGUUGUGCUGGACCCAUGGGCAGCUGCAGAGGAUGCGUUCCAACAUCCAUGGGACAACCUCGAAGUGUACACCUUCCCCCUGUUCCGUCUGAUUCGCAAGGUGAUCAGCACGGCACUGGUCACCAGCAACCUUCGGAUGAUUCUUGUGGCUCCCAAAUGGCCUCAGGCCAUUUAG